AUGACGAAUCCGUUCCAGCAUGGCUCCUCUGGUCUUCCACCAGAUGUAGCAGUCACAGGGUUCCUCCCUCGCAUCAGAUCCUCGUACGCAUCCGUGGUCUCUGGCUCCAAUCCAAACCAGCCGACAUCAUCCCACCCUCCCUUCAACCGCCUCUCCCAUCUUCUCAACCCUCCGCAUGAUUUCACCUCUGAUCUUUACUCCACUCACCACUCCUCGUCACGCAGCCGCAGCCACAACCUUGCCUACAACCACCAAAGUCACGCCAUGGACGUCGACCGAAAUGCGUCGUCCCAAGACGCCGGCGCACCCAGCCUUCGCCCCGCGGUGCCCCAACUACCGUCCUUUUCGAGAGCCUUCGAAGUGUUCAUGAGUGGAGGGGGAAUAGGCGACAGCUUCUGGGCGAGUCCACACCGAAACAACGGUUUCUUCACCCCGUCCUAUCUUCGAGGGACCACCUAUAUACAAAAGUUGGAGGAGGCGCAUAAGACGAAACAAGCACAGAAGGAAGGACAGCAACAGGCUGGAGGCGGCGGGUUGCAGACCAGCCAGACCACCCCCUCCCCGAUUAACAGCAAGUCUGGAUUCCAUCUCGGCAUGGCGUACGACCUGAUCGAACGCCCCCCUUCCUUCGAAUACGACGAGUCCAUAGCACCUUUACCGACAAAAUGGAACAAGGAUGACAAGAACGGGGGAUUGGAAGUGCUGGGUGACGGUCAAGAAGUCAAGUACGUUUCGUCUAAGCCUCCAGGCGAGCGCGACUACGAGGCCUGCGCCAUUCGAGCCAACCAUGCCAUGCCUGCGCAGGCUGGUCUCUAUUACUUUGAGGUCGUCAUCGUGUCUAGGAAACGUGAUGACACCACUGUAUGCGUCGGCUUCAUGCAAAAGGAUGUUUCGCUUGCACGUCAACCUGGCUGGGAAGCCGAUUCGUAUGGCUAUCACGGCGAUGACGGUCAGAUUUUCCACGGCCAAAGCGUCGGCAAGCACUACGGGCCUCCCUUCAGCACGGGUGAUACCAUCGGCUGCGGUAUCAACUUCAAGACCGGCGUUGCCUUCUUCACCAAGAACGGCGUGAAUCUUGGAACUGCCUUCCGCGAUGUCAAGGGGAAAGUGUACCCUGUCAUUGGUCUCAAGAGAACCGGCGAGCACAUCCGCGUCAACUUUGGACACACACCCUUCGUGUACGAUAUUGAUGGCAUGAUGAAGCAAGAGCAGGCUAAGAUCCGCAAGGCCAUCUCUGAAACCAGCACCGAGAACUUAACUUCACCGCCUAUGAGUGAGACGGAGCUAAUCCAGCAACUGAUCCUUCAAUUUUUGCAGCACGAUGGCUAUGUCGAAUCCGCCAGAGCAUUCGCUGAAGAAAUCCACGCCGAACAAGAGGCUCUCACGAUAGAUCCAGACGCUCACGUGGAGGGUAUCAAUAUCAAAGAUGACGAAGAUGCUAACCGCAGGCAGCGUAUACGAAGGGCCGUACUCGAAGGAGACAUCGACAAGGCGCACAAGUACACUAAUACUUACUACCCAGAGGUGUUGAAAGAGAAUGAGCAGGUAUACUUCAGACUUCGUUGCCGAAAAUUUAUCGAGAUGAUAAGAAAGUCGGCCGAGGUCAACCAGAAUAACAACAACAAUAACGGUAUCAGCAAACAGAGUAAUGGUCGUUCCAUCGACGACAAUCCUAAUGAGAUGGAUCUCGAUGAGAAUGGCUAUUCUGAUCAGAUGGAGACGGAAGAUGGACCCUACCAUUCUGCAUCCGAUCAGGAUGCAUUGCUGAAUGCCACCAUUGAGUAUGGCCGGGUGCUGCAAGAGGAGUUCAAGGAUGACCCCCGCAGAGAAGUCAGCAAGGCACUGGGCGACGUAUAUGCCUUGUUGGCCUACCCGAAUCCUUUUGAGGUCAAGGAAGUUGCGCACUUGCUUGACAGAAGGGGCAGGGUGGCCGUGGCUGAGGAACUGAACUCUGCCAUUCUACAGUCGUUGGGAAAGUCGUCCCGCUCGGCCUUGGAAACCUUGUACGGACAAACAACUGUUUUGCUCGACUACUUGCGGGAAGACGGUGGAUCGGGCGCAUUCGUCACGAUUCAGUCCGUAGUUGAUGAGAUACCGAAGCAACAACCCUUUUAG